AUGAGAGAACUGUCGGAGAAGUAUGCGUGUGUCUCCGAACGUGCCGAGCAAUCCGAACGUGCUCUGGAGGAGCUGGGAGGUCAAUCUGAGCGAGUACGCUUUCUGAGUACGUCCAAGCUGCGUAUGCUGGAUCUUGCAGAGGAAUUGUUACCGCUUUCUGAUGCUCACUGGGCAAAUGAUUCUGACGUCACGCAGUGUACGGCGUGCUCGGAAAAGUUUUCGAUUUCAAAGCGUAAACAUCACUGCCGAAUGUGUGGGUCAAUAUUUUGCGCAUCAUGUAGCGAAGGGAGAAUCAAACUGCCAUCGAAUUCUAAACCAGCAAGAGUUUGCGAUCAGUGCUUCACGCUACUGAAAAAUCGACAUUCUGGAAAUGUAUAA